ACAGGUGAGAGUGGACUGUGAUUUAUCCCGUUACACAACGACGUGGCGAGGCUCAGGGCGAGCGCGCGGCUGCGGCCAGAGCCUUUCGACACCCGCACAUCCGAGUUCAUUCAGCCGAGGCGGAGCGAGCACCGCUCAAUGUGGCGGUGCGAGCACCGUGAAAAAGCGCUACAUCUGCAGGGCGGGCUGGAAUAAGCCCCUGUGGAUCGACCGCGCCUUUUGUUUUCUUUUUCUUCAUUUUUUGGUCCAGAAAGGCUGAUUUUGACGCUCGGAGCUGAAAGGAGAGGAGGACAAACAAGAGGUGCCGCGCGCUCGAGGCCCGAGAAGGGGGCCCGCUGUGCAGCGUCUGACAGAUUCACAUUAAUGGGAGCUUGCGGUGCAUCUCCAUCCACGACCUCAUUAAAGCAUUGUGCUCCGUGGGCGGAUUUGAAGUAGGACAGGAGUCACGGAGCUUGGAAUGAAAAGAUCCCAUCAUUUUAUGAAACAUCCAGUGAUCAAGUCACAUCUGGAAAACGGUGAGGUGAAGAUGAGGAUGUGGUAGCUCUGGCAUUAAAUCCAGCUGUAAUUCAACCUCAGGUACCCACUGACUGGACUUUCACCUUUAAAAUGGGCAGUGACGGUGAGAUAAUCAACAGAGAACUGUCCAAGAUGUCAGACGAUGAUUUACUGGCCUGCUCCAAGGAGGAGCUGGUGAGCCGGCUUCGGAAAGAGGAAUCGGAGAAGAUAUCAGCUCUGAUCCAACGCGGCCGGUUGAUCAAAGAAGUCAACAAACAGCUGCAGGGACACCUUCUGGAAAUCAGGGAACUGAAAGUCAUCAACCAGCGACUGCAGGAGGAGAACGUGGAACUGCGGGACCUGUGCUGCUUCCUGGAUGAUGACCGGCUGAAAGUGAAAAAGCUGGCCAGGGAAUGGCAGCUGUUUGGGCAUCACGCAGCCAAAGUGAUGCGGGAAGACCUGGGUGGGUACUUAAAAAAGCUUGCCGACCUGGAGCGAAUGCAGGACGGACUGGUGAAGGAGAAUCUGGACCUGAAGGAGCUGUGCCUGGUGCUGGAGGAGGAGUGUGUGAGCAGGAGCGACUCCAGUCCCGGAGGGUCGACGGAGCUCAACCUGCCCUGCAUGGUCGCCCGGGACCUGGGAGACGGGAGCUCCAGCACCGGCAGCGUGGGAAGUCCGGACCAACUUCACCUGGUGUGCUCACCUGACGACUGAUGGCAGCUUUACGUCAGCAAUCAGGGCUUCUCCUCCUCCGGGAGGAGGCUGUGAAACAAAGUUAGGGCUGCCUGAAUGCUGCAAAGAUUUUUGGGGUUUUGAUGAUACACUUCAGGACUUUACAAAGACAUUACAUCUCCCACAUAGGAUGUCUUCAUUUUACAGUAUUUUUAACAAUUCUUGUGGGAUUUUUCCUUUUUCAGUCAUCUAUUGUAAAAGAAAAAAAGAAAGGAAAAAAUGGGACCAAAAAGUAGGUCACAUGUGUAAAUUUAUCUCAAGCACUGGACUAGCCUACACUGGUAUAAAAGCCUUUUUUUCUAUUCCACUGGACAGCACAAUCUCAGAUCUCCAAAUCGCAGAUCUCAAGAUUUGUUUGAGUCCAGUUUUGAGCCAUAUUAAGUCCACAAAAACCCAAUAGCAGUUACAUAGACACAUUGUGAGGAAAAUAAAUCAAAUUUGAUAUGAAGUUUUCUAGAAACAAACCCACUUGUUUAAUGAACCGCUCUGUUCCUCAGGACAGGAUAUGAGUGCCAUACGAUGACUGUACUGUUCAGGCGGUUCGUGAUGACCCAUCAGGGGUCACGGUUGGGUGGGGCUGCUGUGCAGGGUCUAGUAAAUGUGCUGGAGCCCGAGCAGUCCACAAAGGUUUCAGAAACUUUGAAUCAAACUGGAAGGUCUACAAGUUUUUAAAGAUUUUUCUUCUGUUUGAAUGAGUUAGAGAUGUUUUUCUGAUGUUUAUUUGGUAUACCACAGUAUUUCUUUAGGCUCUUCUUCUUUCUGUAAGUCAUGUUUUUGUAUUUUACCUGUAACGUUAAGGAUCAUCUCACCUUUGACCCCUUCUUUCUACUGGUUUGUCUGUACUAACUGAAGCAUUACUAACUAUUUCAGUUGAAAUCAUAGAUGAUGCACAUGCAUUAGAAAAAGAUUUAAUUUGUUGUCAGCUGUUUUAUUGGUGGGCUAUGCUCGUAGUGCACUAAAGAGCUUUAAAUACAGUGGGUGUGACACCCUC